AUGCAGAAGACCCGCACUAUCAACUCGGCCCUCGGGGCGCGACCCUUCUCCGCCCCGCGGGUGCAGCUUCAGUUCCAGCGCAACCUCCAGGAUGUGGCUAUCACCCGCACUGGCAAGCCUCUCGUGAAGGUCCAGGGUGGCCGUUCCUCGAUUGGAGGUCACACCGCGACGGUCUUUGGUGCUACUGGUUUCCUUGGUCGCUACAUUGUCAACAAGCUCGCUCGCCAGGGAUGCACCGUGGUCGUUCCCUACCGUGAGGAAAUGGCCAAGCGUCACUUGAAGGUUACUGGUGAUCUUGGACGUGUUGUCUUCAUGGAAUACGACCUGCGCAACACCCAGUCCAUCGAGGAGAGUGUGCGUCACUCCGAUGUUGUCUACAACCUUGUCGGUCGUCAAUAUCCCACCAAGAACUUCACUUACGAGGAUGUCCACGUCGAUGGUGUUGAGCGUAUCGCCGACGCUGUUGCCAAGUACGAUGUCGACCGUUUCAUUCACGUUUCCUCUUACAACGCCCGCCGUGACUCGCCCUCCGAGUACUUCGCCACCAAGGCGUGGGGUGAGGAGAUCGUCCGCAACAUCUACCCCGAGACCACAAUUGUGCGCCCUGCGCCCAUGUUCGGUUUCGAGGACAACCUUCUGCACAAGCUGGCCAAGGUUGGCAACGUCUUCACUGCGAACCACAUGCAGGAGCGCUACUGGCCCGUUCACGCCAUUGAUGUCGGUACCGCCCUCGAGCGUAUGCUGCACGACGACAGCACUGCCGGUCAGACUUACGAGCUUUACGGACCCAAGAACUACUCCACCGCCGAGAUUGCCGAGCUGGUCGACAGCGAAAUCAUCAAGAAGCGCCGUCACAUCAACGUCCCCAAGGCGCUUCUCAAGCCCUUCGCCCACUACAUCAACAAGUACCUGUGGUGGCACACUAUGUCAGCCGAUGAGGUCGAGCGCGAGUUCAUCGACCAGGUCAUUGACCCCGAGGCCAAGACCUUCAAGGAUCUGGGCAUGGAGGAGACCGCCGAUCUGGCCAACCUGACUUUCCACUACCUGCAGGGCUACCGUAGCGCCUCCUACUACGACUUGCCUCCUUCCACGGAGCGCGAGCGCCAGGAGGACAAGCGAUACCUGCACGUUCUGGACGACCAACACACCAUGUCCGCCCCAAUUCUCCUCCUAAAAACCAAAUCCUCGCCCCAAGAUGGCUACGAGGAAUUCUUCACAUCAAAAAACUACACACCGACCUUCGUCCCAGUCCUCGAACAUCGCUUCCACAAACAAAACCUAGCCGAGGUCCAACACCUCUUCAACAGUGGCGCAUUCAUCACAACACAAGACCAUGUCAAAAAAUAUGGCGGGCUGAUCUUCACCAGCCAGCGCGCAGUGGAAGGCUUUGCUUCCAUGAUUGAGAAUGCAGAUGUCUUCAACGUCCCCUCCGACCCACUAGUUCUAUACACUGUUGGACCAGCGACAGCCCGGACACUUACAACGCUACGCGAUAAGCAUCUACCGCAUGCGACGAUCUACGGCGCCGACGCCGGGACGGGAGCCAAUCUGGCGCAGAUGAUGUUGGAGCAUUAUAACGGGUUGUAUCCUGGGGCUGAGAAGCCGGGACUGCUCUUCCUUGUUGGUGAGGUGCGACGGGAUAUUAUUCCCAAGACGUUAAUGGAUGAGUCUCUGGGGGAGAAGAGGAUAGAUGUGGAAGAGUUGGUUGUAUAUGAGACUGGGGUGAUGGAGAGUUUUGAAGGUGAUUUCCGGGAUUUGAUACAGAAGUGCCAUGAGGGUGUUAUGUGGGUGGUUGUGUUUUCACCGACGGGGUGUGAGGCUAUGUUGAGGGUCCUUGGACUUGGGCCAUUUGCUUCAGGUGUGCGACGGGAGAAGGUGUUUGUUGCUACUAUUGGGCCUACGACAAGGGAUCAUUUGAGGAAUGAGUUUGGGUUUGAGGCGGAUGUUUGUGCAGAGAGGCCUACUCCUGAGGGGGUUUUAGAGGGCAUCGAACGGUUCAUGGAGUAA